UUACAGAGAAAAGAGCCCAGCCUCGCAUUUCACUUCCCUCUACUAGAGGAUGCAACAUAUAUGCUCUGUCUGUGAAGGCACAUAUUUUCUCUCUGUGUUUGAGUAUUUGAGUUUCCUGAGUUAAACAGUUUAACUUCGGAGAAAUAUGCAGCUUUCGUUCUGAUCUUUUCAUAAUGCUUAAUUAGAUUACACGAAAUAACAUGCUAAAUUGAGUUGAUUUACAUCAACUUGUAAAUCUCACAGUUGAAGAGUUCAAAGAGCAGGAGUCAGAGAGAGUACAACGGUCAAAUGAAAGACACGCCUGGGGGACUUCUCACUUCUGGAUUUAUGUCUUAAAUAUCUCUAAGGGUACAUAAUGACCUCAGUUCCAAAACCUUCACGGGAAUCCAGAGCCGAGGAGUAAAUCACCACGUCCCAAGACGAAGAUCGUGAAGAAGACUUCAGAAUGCUGUUGAACGUGCAGGGUUUUUGCUCUUAGUCCUCAUAGUUCUGCAGACUUGAAAUUACAACGAUGAUUUCCUCUUCAGUCAGACACCGCUAAUAUAUUUUUGUAGAAGCAUUAGACUGUACUUUACAAUAACUACAACACCAGAGAAGGAAGGAUGAAUGGGUUGGCAGAGACCUCAGUGAAAUGCGUACUGGUCGGGGACUGUGCAGUGGGUAAAACUGCUCUUCUUGUACGAUUCACUUCUGAAACUUUCCCAGACAGCUACAGACCGACUGUCUAUGAAAACACGGGCGUUGAUGUUUUCAUGGAUGGAAUCCAGAUCAGCUUGGGACUGUGGGAUACAGCAGGACAUGAUACAUUCCGCCAAAUCCGGCCCAUGUCCUAUCAGCAGGCCGAUGUGGUUUUGCUAUGUUAUUCGGUGGCAAAUCCAAAUUCGUUACAUAAUUUGCGUUAUAAAUGGAUCGCUGAAGUGAGGGAAUUUCUUCCAAAAGUACCUGUGCUGGUUGUAGCCACACAGACAGACCAUCGUGAGAUGGGACCGUAUCGUACUAACUGCACAACAGCCUCCGAUGGCAAACAGGUGGCACAGGAGAUCCGUGCCAAGGGAUACCUGGAAUGCUCGGCUCUCAGCAAUCGUGGUGUGCAACAGGUUUUUGAGUGUGCCGUUCGAACGGCUGUUAAUCAGGCACGGAGACGGACAAGGCGGAGACUGAUGGACCUUAACCCCUGUAAAAUCUCCUGAUGAUUUCAAUAGAGGGAUGUUGUUUAAUUCUCAUCACUAAGACAAUAUUGUUUCUCACACACAAAACCAAGUAUCUGAAGCCUCAACAAAGACCGAUGUCUAAAUACGGUUUACUUAAAAUACUUGUUUGAUUUUGAGUCAGGUUCUGAAAUCUGACCAUACGUUAGACACAUUACAGACGUGAACAGCUAUUUAUUCAGUCCCAUUUUAUAUUAGUUGGCCUUAACUACUAUGUACUUACAUUUAAAUGAAUCAGUUGAUAAGAUGCACUUACUGUGUACAUAAAUAUGUCGUAUUUACAUUUUGAAAAAGGCCUGCAUGUAAUUAAAUUUGUAAUUAAUUUCUGUAUAAUUAUACUGUUGACCUGUCCCUUACACCUUAACCCACCCUUAAACCUACCCAUACCACCCAACCUGUCCCUAACCGUAACCGUAUCCCACCUCGAUAACAGCAAAAGUGUGAACACAAUAAGGACAUAUACAUAUUUUAUAUAAAGUGGGACUGUUUAUUCAUUAAACAGCUGUGCCCUUGUUAAUUUUAUUAAUAUAAAAUUAUCAAUCACAGGAUUUUACAAGUUAAACAUAUAUUUUAAAAGAUGUGCAUCUUUUAUUACACUGCUACAUGUGUUGCAAAAUGUACAUUUUUAGAUUGUAGUUCUUCAAGUUCAGUUAUGAAUUUAAUUCUUGUGAAUCGAAACUGCUGGUUCCUCUCCUACACUUGUGAUCAUGUAAAAUCAUAAUGUCACACUGAGAUCUCCUUCUGUAAUCUUAAUUUUAGAUGGCGAUUAAAUCACUUUAAUUAUGUAUUUCUGAUUUGCUGACAAUGCUUUUUUUUGGUGAAAUGUUGUUUAUGGAGCUAAAUACUGGAAUGGGGAUUUCAGUGUCGAAAUUCUUAUUCAUAAAAGAUUGAUUUUAUAGUCUUUAUUAAGUCAAUUAAAUAAGUAGUUAUGUUAAUAAAAAAGAGUUUAGCUGUUACUUUGCUAAAGUAUCUGUGUGGUUUGUCAUGCACAGCGAACCCAUGGAAAAUGCGUUUACAUGAUUUCUGACUAAAAAUGAACUUAAGGCAUGUGUUUAUCAUAAAUAAAAAUGAUUUUGAAAAGGUGGUUUACAAACUUAUUAAUGCCAAGAAUUUUACUAUAUGAGAAAAAAAUAGAUAUUAAAAACUGUGAUUUAAAAUGUUAAUAAUAAAUGAUUAUAAAUAAAUUAUAUUAUCUGGAAAAUAUUAAAAUAUUAUUGUUCAAAAUGUUUAUUAAUGAGUUAAAUUUAAUUGUAUAGGAUUGAUUUAUUUAUUUAACCUGUUAAAUGUCACCCCGUCCCGUAUACGGGACGCCUACGUUGACUAUACUAUAUUACAAUCAAAUCUAAUCAAAUCUUGACAAACUAUAUAUCGUUGGAAAGGUCUAAGACUCCCAAAUAUAUAAUUUAUGACAAGAGUGCACCCUCAGAAAUCUACAUUACAAAAGGAGCUUUGACCUUUGUUUAAAAAAAAGACUUCCUCGUUGCCUUUUUCUCUAUCACAUUUUAGAAAUCAUCAGAAGUUAUAUAUCACUUGAAAACAUAAAAUCUCAAAAUUCAUCCUUCAAAACCCAUUUUAAAAUCAGACAUUGCAUGACCAUGUAAAUGGUACAUCAAAAUCAUGUUACAAAAUGUUUUCAGACAUGAAUGAAAAAAAUUUAGGUUUGUAUCAUGCACAUUCAUGUCUAUCUUCAAAAACGUGAGUGACAGUUAACAGGUUAAAAAUUCUUUUUUUUUUUACCGUAAACUGCAAAGUUUUUUUCUGUUGUUGUUUUUUUUUCUUUUUUACACUUAAUUCCGCUGAAAUUUUCUGCGGCCCACAUAGCCCCUUCUGGAGGCCCCUAGGGGGUCCCCAUACCUCAUUUGAAUACACCUUGCUAAAAACAGUUUUACUAGAAAUUAUUCCAUGUUAUUCGAUCUGAGAAACCACAAUACAUUUUUGAAGAUACCUUAUACAUAGACUUGUCUUUUUAAAAUCUUUUAAAACUGGUGAAUUGGACCUCCAUUAUAAAUUAGUUACUGACAUCAUAAACAUUAAUGACAAAAUAUCUGCACAGAAAAAUAACCAAGCUGUUUCUUACCUCAUUUGAUGUAAAAACGUUCUGUUUAAAUAUAUCAGUAUACGGCAUGUUACAAAUAAAUCAUGAUAACAUUUGUGAAUAAUCGCUUCUGUGUCUAUGCAAUAAACAUUUGAAUCUGAGAUGUUUUACUCUUGAUAUAAUCACUCUGCAAGCCACGGGUUAAGCGUUUUUUUCUCACCAAAUAUAAUAUGUAAUACUUUAUACGUAAUGUCUUCUCCAUUAAGACUCUACAUACCUGUACAUGCAGGACAAAAAGCGAGUAUGUUAUUUCUAGCCGUUCUGAAACAUUCUGUAUUCUGAGGUUCCAGGUUUGGUUGUCAGUUAUGUUGUGUGCUAGUGACUGGUUAGAAUGAACACGAAGAUAACGGAGACAGAGUUCACAUUGUUCGAGCUGAUCUCUACUUAAGCUUCAACACCACUGUACAAUACUGUACAGACCUUCUUGAUUAUGAUUAUAUAUUUUACAUCAGAUGUUUUUAGAUGUGCAGUGUAUCACAGCAGACUGACAAUUUGCUUGUCCAGCAAACUGACAGAGCCUUGUUUGUGAACAAUAUAAAACUACUUAUGUGAAUAAGGAUCGAUACAUAGAAGAUAUUUUAGGAAAAUGCACAUAAUACAUUUAUUUAUAAUAUUCCCAUGCAGUCUCUGACAUUUUGAGACUUUGUGCUAUAUUACUAGACAGCAGAAUGUUUUAUAAAAUUGUUAUCAAAAUAACACACAGGCAAAAUGUAAAAACAAAGGAGAUGCAUGCUACUACUCGCACUACAUAAAAGGAAGAGUCGGCAGAGGAGAAAAAAGAGACAGAGCAACAGAAAGAAGGAGUAUAUGUUAUGUGGUUUAUGGAGACGAAGUGAUGUAGGCCGGUGCUUUUGGAGAACUAAAGAGUUUAGACCCUGAAACCACAUCCCAGCAGGAGAACGUCUCUCUCUGAACUCACUGAAACCACGCUGUGCUUCGUGGCUCCCUAGAAAAAUGUUAGAACUGCAGAGUGAAAUGUAAAUACAAUGUAAAUCUCUUUUCAAAAUGUUUUGUAAGUCAAGGUAUUUCUGUGAUAUCAGAAAUAUUUUGUACCUCAAAAAAUCAACUUAAAAUGAGUGUAUAACUUAAUGAACCUUUGCUCUUGUGACAAAUGAAUAAAUGAAUGGUCGCAUUAGGUAAUACAGUCAACAGGAUUGUACUCAAACUGCAAAAUGUAUACAGUACAU